AAACAGACCAGAUACACCUCCAAACAAACUUGCGUAUCAUAUCACGCUAUACCGCACCAGAGAGAUUAGUUCCACGUCUAGCAAGCUCCAAUAUUGUAAACAAGACGGGAGCACUUUAAUAAAAUUAUAUAUAAUAUAUAUAAUACAUUCAGGCAGUGUAGCAACAGCGGGCGUUGUGGUGGUUGGACAUCGUCGAGAGCACGCGAAAAAGUCGGUUGGAUUGAGUUCUGGGCGAUAUUUUGGUUAACAUUCAGUUUGGAGUUCCAUUUUAUUUGUCAUAUUUGUUGCCUUACCUGCUAUCCAAUAUCAAGUGGUCCCUACAUCAAGAAUAUACAAAACCAACCGAUUGACUCUAACAGAUGUCGUCGAUGCAAUACAACUGCUGAAUCAAUCCAACAUAUUGUCUCUGGAUGUCCUUCCCUGGCUCCAACGGAAUACCUGGCGAGGCAUAACAUGGCCGCAAAAAUAAUACAUCAGGUGAGUCUUUGGCAAAAUGGCACCACCAGGAAUCGGCAGCUCUUCACAGCCGUACUACCCAGAAACAGAACAAGUACCGAAUAGAAAAAUAACAGUGUUAGAUGGCGGUUUUGCCACUCAAUUGAGUUGUCAUGUGAACGACCCUAUAGACGGUGAUGUUCUGUGGAGUUCCAGAUUCAUUGCAACUAAUCCAGAAGCCGUUAUAAAAGCACACUUGGACUUUCUAAGAGCUGGAGCAGAUGUGAUCAUAACCAACACAUAUCAGAGUGACGUCGAUUUGUACGCCAAAUAUUUGAACAUUACAAGAGACGAAGCAUACAAUUUGAUAAAAAAAGCUGUAGAACUGGCACAGAUUGCCGUUAAGAGGUAUCAAGAGGAGUUUCCUAGAAACCCAGAGGACGGAGUUGCCGAACGCAAUGUUGCCGUCUCUACCGAAAUUCCUGCGCUCUUGGAGAGAAACAUUGUUGCCACUUCCGACGAGUUUCGGGCACCUUUGGGAAAAGGCAAUGUUGCCGAGCGCGAUGUCGCCAUCUCUGAUGAAAUUCUGGCGCUCUUGGGGAAAAACAAUCUUGCCGAUCAGACUUCUACAAAUGAUCUGAAAAAUGAGCUUGUGCAAAGUUGGUCUAAAAUAUUACAGGAAGUUAGACCAUUAAUAGCUGGAUCUGUUGGUCCUUACGGGGCAUCACUACACGAUGGGUCCGAGUACACGGGUUCCUACGCCAGGACUACAUCAGCAGAAACGAUGCGUCAGUGGCACUUACCCAGAAUACGAGCUCUAAUUGAAGCUGGUGUUGACAUGUUAGCUAUAGAAACCAUACCAUGUAGCUUGGAAGCGGAAAUGUUAGUGAAACUGCUUAAAACAGAGUGUCCCGGAAUGAAGGCGUGGUUGACAUUCAGUUGUAGUCAAGACGGCAAGUCGAUCGCGGUAGGCGAGGACUUCAAAGAAGUUGCACGCCGAUGUUAUUCACUCAACCCGGAGCAGCUGGUGGCAGUGGGCAUCAACUGUUGCGCGCCCAGGUUGGUCGAGCCCUUGAUCAAGGGGAUCAAUACGAUGCCAGAGGCGAAAACGACGGCGACGGAGAGAAAGGCGUCAGGACGACAGGAUGAACACACAGCGAGGAUACCGUUGGUAGUUUAUCCGAAUAGCGGAGAGAAUUAUGACGUUGAAGUGGGGUGGAUAAAGAGGGACAAAUGCGAACCAGUGGAACAAUACGUCUCCAAAUGGUUAGACCUUGGAGUGUCAUGGAUUGGAGGAUGUUGUCGUACGUAUGCCACUGACGUUGCGAAAAUACGGAACGAAGUAGAAAGUUGGUGCCGGAAGAAUAAAGAAGUCAGAUAAUAAUAUUUCAUCAAUAAUAUAUUAUACCUAUCUACAUGUUAUCUAAUGUGAGGAGCAGGCAGGAAUGUAACACGCCUAAUAUUUCACGACUUUGUGAAGAUAGCAGUGCACCAGAAACAGUCGAUAAGGAUUCAUUUUUUGUACAAAAUCAUUAUGUUAGCUUAGAUUUUAUUAUUUUAUAAUUGUUGUAAGCAUUAUGUGUACAUGCUUUAUAAAAAAGAUGUGUUAUUAUAUCUUAGAUACUUAGGGCCGUAUCGUCAGUCGCUCCUACAAUUACUGGAGGAUUCCUUUACGGCCUCCUUGAUUUUCAUAGUUUUUUCUCCCCUUCCGAAAGGCUAUGGAUUUCUAUAUUUCUACUGCUUCGUUGUUCCGUAUCAGCGUCAGCGCUCUUUUAUUGUCAAUGAAGUAUGUUUUCUUUUUAGAUUGUAGGAAAUUUCAGGCUAAUAAAAUAGACGAUAGAAGUCAAAAGCAUGAACAUUUUGAUGCAAAUAGAUAUUUAUGACAUAACCGCAAAGUAGAGCGCUGGCACGGAUCAGUAGACAACUAUAAGAAUCAAGGAGAGAAUAAAGGCGUCCUAAAAUAAAAUUGUAGGAACGACUGACGGUACGACCGUUAGCUAUUUAUUUUAACUUUGCCUACAUAGUUUCAAACCAUUUCAAAUAUGCCGAACAGGCAGGUUUCACCAUAAGACGUUGUCGCCGCUGCAUAAAAUUAUUUAUUUUUCAUUAUCCGGUUUUACUCUCACGCUAAUAAAAAAUGACGUCAAGUAGGGUGACUCUGCACUUCCAUGCCACACUGUCAUCAGUUCGAAAAGGAUUAUAUAUUCGGCAUAAGUUUACCAAAAAAAAGUUAGCUACGAACACAACAAAAUAAUUGAAUGGAUCAAGGCAACCAAAUAGGCCCACAAACUUGUUACACCCACAUAUUAGACAACAUAGCGAUCUAGCCUACCGUCCUACGGACAGUACCGUUACCACCGAGAGUGCAAGGCCUGACAACAGACGCGUGACGCCACCACGAGUAGGCCGGUCGGCCGGCCGACAGCACGGCCUGCCGUACAUCAGCGCUAGUGAAUAAUUUACUAUUAUUAUAGGUAUAAUGAAAAUUAUAUAAAAAAUGUAGUGCUUGUAGAACAGUUGUGUCCAGCAAAAACCAACCAGGAGGUCUGAGGUAAGCUCUUGCCAGGAAAGGAAUAAGGAAGAUGAGGAGGAAAAAGAGUAGGAUAAAUGAUAAGAAAAACAGAAAAAAUCAAAGUAAAAUAAACAACAGAAAAAACAUAACAAAGAUUAACGAAAACUUAAUAAAAACUCUUAGAACAAACAAAUAACAGCACAAAAUGAUAACAAAAAUUAGAAAACAGAAAACAAGUAUCAAAAAUAAUAAAAAUUAGAAUAACGAAAAUUAAAGUGCUAAAUUCUUAAUAUGUACAAAUAAACAUUUAUCUACAGCUAUGUAAAUGUUGCGGCUUCAUGUGAAUGUAGUCAGUUUACGUCUCUUUGCUUUAUUCGCACUUGCAAAGCUGUCGUUCCUUUUGGCACAAUAAUUUUUCAAAAAUGUAUUGACUGUGCAAAUAACAAUUAGUUUUAUAAAAUAAUCUGGUGAAUGGACUGUGCAACGCGAAAAUGAAGUGUCGUGAUUAUUAUCACUCAGAUUGUUAAUUAUCAACUGAGAAAGAGCGCGUCUCUUAUCAUUGAUUUCUAAAAAUGAUUCCUCGUCACUUUCCAAAACUUUAUUGAAAAUUAUAUA